AUGUUGUGGAAGGGUGGAGAUGGGCUUGCUUCCGCCUCGUGGGCCUGGAGGAAAAUUGCACGCUUUGCAAUUGCCUUUCUGGCCGUCCUUGGCGUAUUGAUUCUGCUGUGGCCCUCACGCGCCAGAGAAGCGCCCGCUGCUGCUGCGGCGCCUGCGGAUGAUGCAGGUCCCGUCCAGUCUAAUUUCACAAUCUCCCCCAAUGUGAAAUGUGAUGUAGAUCUGAAAAUGCUAGACCGGUUUGGUGUUGAGAAGCUGGCUCAAUAUACGCGGCGGCGGAUCGCGGUGACCUUUUCCGACGAGCAGGUGCCGAUGCGACAACAGAUGGAUCAGCCCUUGCUGGAGGGUCAGACGCGCGGCGCAGCGAGUGGAGGUGAAAGCCCACACGAGCAAGCACUGGACGGCUGUACGAUUCCCGCGCCGAUUACCAUUGUGACGCCUCGUCCUCCCAAGAUGGCCGACGCGUCCCAUAUAGAUUUCGGCGUGGCGACCUCCAUUUCCCGACUGAAUGAAUCCCUGGAUCAAUUCGCACAUUGGGCGGGAUAUACGCGCACGAGAAUCUUUGCCAUUGUCGAACCGAUGGAGUCGGAAUCCGAUACAAGGGAAGGGAUUGCCAAUGUCAAGGCCAAGGCGGAUAGUAUUGGAAUUAAUUUGAUCGUCUCGGAGUCAAAAGACGACUACCUUCAUCGAUACUUUGCGCUCGUCAGUCUCUUGGAAAAGAACUUGCGCGAAGCUACGCAAUGGGCGUGCAUUAUUGACGACGACACAUUCUUCCUUUCAAUGCCAGCCCUGGUCCAGGCUUUGGGGGAGUAUGAUCACACGAAGCCCAUGUACGUUGGCGGGUUGAGCGAAGGAAUUCCUCAGAUCAGCGAAUUCGGAAUCAUGGCGUUUGGAGGCGCCGGUGUCUUUCUCUCGCGGCCAUUGUUAUCGAUCCUCGGCACCGUGUACGAGGUAUGUGAGCAGAUGACCUGGACGGGAGACCGUCGUAUUGCCCACUGUAUCUAUGAUCACACCACGACCAAAUUAACGGUGGAUCACCGCCUGCGUCAACUCGACCUGUUGGACGAUGCGUCCGGUUUCUUCGAAUCUGGACGUGAACAGCCUCUGAGUGUUCACCAUUGGAAAUCUUGGUUCCACAUGGACAUGCCAAAGUUGAGCACCAUCUCCGAAGUUUGCGGUCCAUCUUGUCUACUGCGUCAAUGGCAAUUUAGCGAUGGCUGGUUUCUGACGAAUGGGUAUUCGAUCGUCAAAUAUGGAUUUCCGCCAGCGCCAGACGACGUCAGUGUGGAAAUGACCUGGAAUCCGCUCAACGGCGCAACGAUCGAGUCAUAUCUGCAUGAACUGGGCCCGAUUCGUCGCAAGGAUGAGCAUAAAAUGAGUUACUUGCUGCAAGACUCGCAGAUGGAGUCGGACGGCAGCGUCACGCAGUGGUAUAUUCUGCGUGACAAGAUCCAGGGUGAUCAGAUUUUUGAGCUCACUUGGCAAAAACCAUGA